GGCGGGGAGAAGUUAGAGCGUAAGAGAGGCACUGGGAGGAUCUACAGUCAGUGCUUUGGGCGAAUUGACUGCACACGCCACCCGCGUCGCUCUAGCCCAACCUCUUUAGCAGUUCAGAGGAAGAAGACACCAUGGCUGACGAGAAGGCAAAAGCAGCUGAGGUACUUGCUAGACAACAGGCUGUGGAAGAAGCCAAGAAGAAGCAGGAUGAGAUCGACAGGAAGAAGGCUGAGGUGCGUAAGCGCCUGGAGGAGCAGAGUCUCAAGAAGCAGAAGAAGGGCUUCAUGACUCCCGAGCGUAAGAAGAAGCUCAGGCUGCUCCUUCGUAAGAAAGCUGCUGAGGAACUGAAAAAGGAACAAGAGAGAAAGGCAGCUGAGAGACGCAAGAUCAUUGACCAGCGCUGCGGCCAGCCCAAAAACCUCGAUGGUGCUAAUGAAGACCAGCUCCGUGCUAUUAUUAAAGAAUACUUCAAUCACGUCGCCGAGAUUGAGAGCGGGAAAUAUGAUGUGGAGAUGGAGAUUAUCCGCAAGGACUACGAGAUCAACGAACUCAACAUUCAAGUCAACGAUCUGCGUGGCAAGUUCAUCAAGCCUACUCUAAAGAAGGUCUCCAAGUAUGAGAACAAGUUCGCCAAGCUGCAGAAGAAGGCUGCCGAGUUCAACUUCAGAAAUCAGCUCAAGACUGUGAAGAAGAAGGAGUUUGAGCUUGAAGAUGAUAAGGGCGCGACAAAGCCUGACUGGGCAGCCGGCGGGCCAGGAGCCACUAAGAAGGAAGGGGAAGAGGGCGAGGCUCCGACGGAGGGUGACGCCCCCCCUGCAGAGGAAGUGGCUGCGUAAGGCGACUAGGCAUCUGCCAUCAAUAGAAGCAGCAGCAGGAAAAAUAGAUGGAGGAGAGGAAGGUGUGUUCGUCUCGUUUUGUCAUCUUCUGUGGACCCUCGUGUCAAUCGUUUCUCUUCGUGUCCUGCCACAGUGUCUUUUUUCAUCUUUUAAUCUAAGCUAUGGAAAUGAAUGCCAGCAUUUGUCUACUUAUGACAAGUCUCUAGUCAACCAAGCCAAUGUGUCGAACUGGACGAAAAUUACUAAAAGCAAAGAGGAAUCGAUUACGAACAGGAAGGUAUUAAUGAUAAACAAAAAGGAAACAGAAAACAAAGAAGCAUUACUUAAAAACGAUGAAAUAUUAGUUGUAAACAAGAGGGCAUCAACUAUAAAUAAGAAAGAAUCGAAUAUAAAGAAUAAAGCAUCGGCAUUUAACAAAAGAGCAUCGGCUAUCAACAAGAGAGCAACAACUGCGAUGAGUCACUGGUGCUGUCAAACAAGUCCGUGUGAUUUACCUUUUAUAUUCUUCGAGUUGAAAGCUUCGUGGACUGACUGUGAACAACUACAUCAAUGCUUUAAUAUCUAUAAUAAAUUUGUAUUAUUGA